AUGCUUUUAAAUGCUCGAUCUCUCCUUAACAAAAUAACUUCCCUUCGCAGCUUGGUAUACAUGGAGCGGCCAACACUGAUUCUGGUAACUGAAACUUGGCUUACUACUGAUAUACCUGACACAAAGCUGAUGAUUGAUAACUAUAACAUCCACAGGAAUGACAGAGUGGACAAGAGAGGAGGCGGCUGUCUAAUAUAUGCCUCUAAAUCCACUAACUCCAAUACCUUUACAAACCUAACUAUCGACAAACUCCCAGAAUCCAAGUGGAUAAGCAUCCACACGAAUGAAAAUAACAUUCUUGUGGGAUGUAUAUACAGAGCCCCUAACAGCCCUAUAACGACUGAUACGGUUAUCGGAGAAAUACUAGAGGUUGUACCUAAGCUGGAAUUCGACUACAAACUAGUUUGUGGCGAUUUCAACCUCCCUGGAGUGAACUGGGAUACCUGCACUGGACCGAGAACCUACGAGGUGAUCCUAGAAGCCAUAGAUGUAGGAGGAUGGAAGCAGUGCGUACGCCUCCCAACACGACACAACAAUAUACUCGACUUAAUCCUCUGUCACAAAAUAGAGCCGAUCUCGAUAGAGGUGAGGGAUAAACUCGACAACAGUGACCACAACAUACUGUACUGCACCCUACCCUUACAACUAACAACUAAACACACACCUAAGAGUUCCCCGGUUUACUAUCAAUAUAGGGACUAUCGAAAUGCCGACUGGGAAUUCCUACCAACGCUCUUGAGAAGCUCAGACUGGGGUGAAUACUUCACCAAUAAUAACUUAGAAGUAAUACUAAAUACCUUCUACAAGACAAUCAGUUCGGUAAGAGACACAAUCGCACCCCUGAAAUCUGCCCUAAAGACACCAACUCUGUUCAUAGAUCGCAAAACGCGAAUAAAACUAAGGAAACUAAAAAGGAGAUUUUAUUUAUACAAAGAAUUUAAUGCAUUACACCUGAUACACGAAAUAUUUAAAAAUCUCGAGGAGAGACAUAAAAUGAAAGCACAAGUCGAGGAAAAUAAAGCCCUAGAGGGCACCUCUAAAACCCAGGAACUCUGCAAAAUCUUGCAAAAACGGAUGAAGAAGGGUGAAGAAAACAAUAUCAGUCAUUUAGAACACGAAGAUAUAAUUUAUGAUGAUCCCCAGAUCAUUAGUGAACUCCUGAGUGAGUGGUUCUCCAAUAACACCAAAGCACAUCCGUCCCCAAUUCUCGACAUAACCUGCAAAAAUAACUACAAGUUAGGUGAAAUAAACUUUAAUAUACAAAAUAUAGCAUCGGCGGUAAGGACAUUAAAAGCUAACAGUAGUUGUGGGAUAGACGAUAUACCAUCCGUCAUAUACAAAAACGGUGGUACGGAUAUGAUUGUAUUAUUACUUAGAAUAUUUAAUAUCUCACUAGUGACCGAAACCUACCCUGAAACUUGGAAAAACACAUAUAUAUUACCUAAGCAUAAAGGAGGGGCCAAAACUAGUGCAUGUAAUUAUAGGCCUAUCAAUAUAACACCAGUCAUAUCAAGGAUCAUGGAGAAAGUAAUCAAAGACCAAAUGUCAGACUACUUUCUAAAACAUAAACUCAUCAACCUGUCACAACACGGAUUCCUCAAGAAAAGAUCUUGCGUCACUUGCCAUAUAGACUUUUUCAACGAAGUCACCUAUAGAAGAGAUAGGAGAGAGCUAGUGAUUAUCCUCUAUUUCGAUAUAAGGAAAGCCUUCGACAGAGUCCCACAUAGUCUGUUAGUCGGUAGGCUAUGCUCACUAGGGAUACGCAACCCCCUCUACAAUUGGAUAAAAUCAUUUCUGUAUGACAGGAAUCAGACAACUAAAGUUGGCUCAAUGACCUCCAGACCUAGACCAAUCAGCAGUGGUGUCAUCCAGGGGAGUGUAUUGGGACCCCUUCUUUUCAUUAUAUACAUAAACAGUAUAUGUGAAUGUUUUAGUAUAGGCAAGCCAAUACUGUAUGCAGAUGACUUGAAGGUGACAUAUACCUGCACAAAUACAGAUAUCGGCCCAACUAUGAACUCCAUACAUGAAGAAUUAGCAAAAAUGGAUAGAUGGUGUGACACGUGGAGACUUGAGUUUAAUGUUGAAAAGUGUGGAUGGCUCUGCAUAGGCUGUUCCAACCUUGACCUCAACCUAGCAAUUCAGGGCCACAAAAUCCCCAGACUCAAAUCUGUACUAGACCUAGGACUGAAAUAUUCACACAAUCUAUCAUUUUCAGAGCAUAUCUCGAAUCAAGUGUCGAAAUCACGAAGGCUUAUUGGUUUCCUACUCAGGAACUUCUACAGAAACGAGUCCAGAAUACUACUGUACAAGGUAUGUGUGCGCCCACUCCUAGAUUACUGCUCAUUCAUAUUCAGCAGUACACGCAUAGAAGACAAACUGAAAGUAGAAGGAGUACAGAGGUACUUCACGCGAAAAGUACUCGGAACCGAUAACGGCACAAACUACUCUACCAGAUGUGAAAUCCUAGGACUAGAAACAUUAUGGUUAAGGCGACUGCGACUAAAUCUGUUACUCUUCUAUAAGCUUCUUAACCAAAUAGUGUAUACCCCUGCUAACUAUACUCGGCCCUCAGGUAACACAGGAUACAACCUUAGGCACACUAAAGGUACAGUGGCUAUAGAACCAUGUAAAACAGCCACCAGGCAAAAGUUUUUCUUGAUUAGGUAUGCCCAAAUAUGGAACAAACUACCUGAGAAAAUACGACUAGCAAGCACAUUGGCCUCCUUUGAAAAGGCACUUAAUGACACACUAAGUGAGUUUGUAAUUGAUACCAAUGGUAAUUCCCAUGUAAGAGUUUCAGAAAUCAUAGGCCCAUUUAAU